UGGCUGGGACUCAGUGAACGAACAGAACUUUCCACACACACACACAUACAAACUCACUCACUCACACUCACACACACACACACACAAACUCACUCACACACACACACAGUUAUAACGGACAUGCGGGUUUCAACAUCAACUUUCCACCAAUCACAUGCCUCCUCUUAAGUGCUGCGCUGAGGACGCGUUGAAUCCAGAGCUGUGAUUGGUGGAGAGCAGUGUGUGUGCGCAUGCGCAGCUCGUGUUGUCAUUCCGCUGGACUUCUGACGGUUAUCUUAGUAACGAGCGUGUUGAUGCUGUUUGAGGAACUUCUGGUAGUUCUGUUUCGGUGACGUCAUCAAUACAUCAACAGUUAUAGAUUAAUGCGUUAAAUUCAUCAAAACAGGGAGCUCUGUUGGUCAGGUUUCCCCGUGAUGGAAGACCUGGAGGAGGAUCUGACGUGUUCGGUGUGUUACGCGCUCUUCUCUGACCCCCGAGUGCUGCCCUGCUCGCACACCUUCUGUAGGAGCUGUCUGGAGAGCGUGCUGCAGGUCUCGGUGGGUUUCUCCAUCUGGCGUCCCCUGCGUCUGCCGCUCAAGUGCCCCAGCUGCCGCGGCGUGGUGGAGCUGCCCGCUGACGGUGUGGACGCGCUGCCGGUCAACGUCUGCCUGCGUGCCAUCGUGGAGAAGUACCAGCGCGACCGCGGCCCCCCCGCCUGCCCCGAGCACCCGCGCCAGCCCCUCAACGUCUACUGUGUCCAGGACCGCCAGCUCAUCUGCGGCCUCUGCCUGACCACCGGUCAGCACCGGGGCCACGCCAUCGACGACCUGCAGACGGCCCUCGUGAAGGAGCGCGGGGCCCGGGGCCGGCUGGCGGAGAGGCUGGAGGGCCAGCGCUGGGAGGAGGUCCGCGGUCGGGCCGGACGCCUGGCGCAGGAGAGGGAACGCUGCCAAGCUCUGCUUCAGGAUGACCGCGAGGCCGUCUCACGGUUUUUCCAGAGCCUUGACCUCAUCCUGGCCCAGAAGCAGGAGCAGUGCAUGCAGGCUCUGGACCGGGCGAGCGCGCUGCUGACCAGUGCUUACGAGCCGCUCGUCCAGCAGGUGAAGGACAUGCAGGAGGAGCACAGCCGGCUGAUGGCCCUCAGCUGCAGCGUGGAGAGCGAGGAGUGUCCGCUGGAGUAUCUGGAGCAGGUGCAUCAGCUGAGGGAGCGAGUGACCGCCCUGAUCCAGACGCCGCUGCCGGAGGUCCCCCGCCUGCACCUGGCCCCGCGAGCAGAGCGCUUCCUCCAGGAGCACUGGUCAGACCUGACCAUCAGAGCUCUGAGAGACGCUCCUCUUCCAGAAGUGUCAUGGUGCUCGACAGCCGGCGCUGCUGACGGAGCGGGGCUCCGGCGGGGUCCUUCACCUCCGGCCCUCGUGCUGCUGCUGCUCCUCACAGCCCUGUGUUUACUCUCAGUGUGUGGAAGCACUCCGGGGAUCUCUCUCUUUCAGAGCGUUUCAGCUGAACUCACCCAGACGCUCCAUGAGAUGGGCACGUCCUUCUGCGGUCUGCUACACGACAUCAGCACCAAACUACACACCUUUAUCUCCAGUCUAGGAGAAAACACCUAUCAGCAUCUGCUCAGCUUUCUCAGAACACUGCACUAGUGUUACAUGCUGAAGAGGAUGCAGAUAUUCAGCUUUUCUGGGUCAAACAGCUCAUCCAAGAAUAAGGCUAAUCAUGUACAAACACUGGUUCAUUACAGAUCAAAUCCACACUUCAAGGGGUCGUGACAUGCCUUUAUGUUAAUGUUCCUAAAGGUUCACUUACAUGCGUUAAAGCUUUGCGCACAAAAACAUCAAUAACAACAUCACUGGACAGGGAAAAAGAAUUGCAUGCGAGUGGUUUAUAAAACAGCCUGUUACUAAAAAUAAUGAGCAGGUGUGUGCUGCAGUACAAGGGGACUACAUUACCCAUGAUGCCGUCUUCCCACACUUCCAUAGACGGCACACUGAGGCUGUUUUUAGACUUUGGCUGUGUCUGAAAUCACAUACUCUAAGGUGGUGACAGCCAUCAUGCAGAUACACACACCACACUGACUAUAUGAGCACCAUACCAGACAUUAGGGACCUACUUUUUUUAUCUCAAUUUUAAGAACUUUAUAUGUACUUUUCUAAUUUUGUUCUACUCUUUUGUACUACUACAAAUGAUUACUAAAAACACUUACUGUUUGCACUGUACUUGUUGUAUAAAACUUCAAAAUUGAGCAUCUGUCUGCCCUUCAGAGUCAUUGAUUCCUGAAGUCAGAUUCAGAG